AUGAUGAGCCAUCCACAGAGCUACAUAGAAGCGUUUGAAAACACGAAAAUCAGAGAAUCACUGAAAAAACUGGAAGAGCUCAGAAUGAAGUCUCAAAAUGUUCUUACAGAUGGCUCAUUUUAUAAAUGUGAAGAAGGCUGGGAGAAACAUGGAGGAAAGUGCUAUUACUUCUCCAUCAGUCAAUCAUCCUGGAAACAGAGCAGAGAUGAGUGUAGAGCUAAAGGAGGAGACCUGGUUAAGAUAGACAGCAGGGAGGAGCAGGCAUUCCUGGAGAGAAGAGUGAGAGAACUAAUGAAAGAAGGUGAGGACAAGUUCUGGAUCGGACUGACAGACUCAGCAGUAGAGGGCAGAUGGUUGUGGGUGGACGGAUCACUACUGGAUGAAAGUUUGAAGUUUUGGGCUGGCAAAGAGCCAAACAACGUGACAGAGGGAGAUCCUGAUGGAGAGGACUGUUUCACCAUGUUGAACACCAGAGUGGAGUGA